CAUUAGGCUGCCACUUGCUCUCUGCUGUGUGUGUGUGUGAUUCGGCUGAAGAAAGGAAAAACUCCUGGCGAAGUGACUGAGAUCCACGUGACACGAUUAUAAAGAUGGAGUUUAUUAAAGAGGAGUGUGAAGAAAUGAAGAUUCAAGAAACAUACAGAGACGAACAAGAAGAAACUGAGGAACAAACAGACCUAAUGGCAUUGAAAGAGGGAGAAGAAGUACUUGAUGAAAUUGGAGAGGAAGAUCAACAUGAGUGUCUUCAAAAGACAGGAACUAGAAGUUUUUUUUCUUGUUUCAGUCAACAAGGAAACUUGAAAGUCCACAUGAGAAUUCACACUGGAAAAAAGCCUUUCACGUGCCCUCAGUGUGGAACUACUUUCACACGUAAAAUAGGUCUUAAAAGGCACAUGAUAAUUCACACUGGCGAAAAGCCUUAUGCAUGCCCUGUAUGUGGAAAAGGUUUCUGUCAAAAUGGAAACCUUAAAGUUCACAUGAGAAUACACAAUGAAGAGAGCUAUAUCACCUGCCAAGAGUGUGGAAAAAGUUUCACUUGUAAAGAAAAUCGUGACAGACACAUGAAAACUCACACUGGAAAAAAGCCUUUCACAUGCCCUCAGUGUGGAAUUAGUUUCACUCGUAAAAUAGGUCUUAAAAGGCACAUGAUAAUUCACACUGGCGAAAAGCCUUACACAUGCCCUAUAUGUGGAAAAGGUUUCUGUCAAAAUGGAAACCUUAAAGUUCACAUGAGAAUACACACUGGGAAGAGCUAUAUCACCUGCCAAGAGUGUGGAAAAAGUUUCACUUGUAAAGCAAAUCAUGACAGACACAUGAAAACUCACACUGGAAAAAAGCCUUUCACCUGUGAACAGUGUGGAAAAUGUUUCACUCGUAAAUUAGGUCUUAAAAGACACUCGAGAAUACACAAUGGGGAAUGUCCCUUCACCUGCCAAUUUUGUGGAAGAAGUUUCAAUCAAAAAGGAACCCUUAGCAGGCACAUGGGAAUUCACACUGGAGAGAAACCUUUUUCUUGCCAACUGUGUAGAAAAACCUUCACUCGUAAAACAGGUCUUGAAAGGCACAUGGGGACUCACACUGGAGAAAAGCCUUAUAUAUGCUCUCAAUGUGGAAAAAGUUUCAUUCAACGUGGAAACCUUAUAGUCCAUAUGAGAAUACACAAUGGAGAAAAUCCCUUCACCUGCCAACAGUGUGGAAAAAGUUUCAACCAUAAAGGAAGCUUUAACAGGCACAUGAGAACUCACACUGGAGAGAUGCCUUACAUAUGCAUUCAAUGUGGAAAGACUUUCGAUCAAUAUGGAGACCUUACUGUCCAUAUGAAGAUUCACACUAUGGCCCAGCAAUAAAACGAUAAUCUGAUCGGUAUUGCUCACACAACCAUAUCCAAAAAAGUGCUUGAAUAUAGUGAAGAACAUUACAUUUCUUGAUUUAUUUUAAAAACUGCUGGCGCUUUAACAGGAGAAAUCCUGGGUCAUGAACAAUAGUGUUAGAAGGCUUUUCAGUGGAUUUACUAUAGUAACACAAACUGCUCCAUGAUAUUAUGGCAGAAAUGUGAAAUAUAUAUGGAAUUUUAUUAUAUUAAUAUUUUAUAAGCAGCCAGAUUUACAUCAGCUUGUGCAAGUGCAAACCCUUAUUGGCGUUUAAAAAUAAAACUAAUAAUUUAGGAUUUACUUUAAAAGGAAAGUAGUGUUGAAAAGGUGUGGACACAGUUUUUUUUGUGUCUCACCUUUCCCUUUCAAUCUGUAAAUUCAUGGGCGGAGAUCAUUUAAAUAAAUUAAGCAACACAAUUUAUUAAGAUUUGUGCAUGUCAAUUCCCUGGUGGUUGCAGCAUUAUUUAAAGGUCUUAAAGCAGGCAGUAAUUUGCGCUGCCCCUUGGAAGAUUGUGCUGGUCAUUAGGGAAAUUAGAUAUUCCAUUUGUGUUGUUUAAUGUGCACCGGAAUUCUCCCCUCCCAUCUGUGCAUUUAUGGAAUUGGGUUUGAAUUUUAACUUGCCCUGUUGAGUAAACCUGGCUCUAAAAUAGGACUCUCAUGGAUACCCAGAAUGCCUGAAAUUUCAAAUCAAAAUACCCCAUGGAUUAUUCAAAGCAUACAGCAUGUGCCUCUUGUUUUUUUUUUUUGGUGGGAAAAAAUAGCUGUUUUAGUGUGUAUACAGUUUCAAAUAAAAAAUUAAAUAUUUGAAAAACAAACAUACAGUUGAUUUAUUUUUAACCAGCGCUUAACCAUCAUUGUAAAACCAUGUUCUGAAGUUCAAUCAGUGUACUGUUUUAAGUACAUGAAUUACUCCGGGAUUUU